AAGAAAAAACAAGACACGGUCAAAAUUGUCUCUCGAUAUAAAGCCUAGAUCUUUAUUAGGGUUUUAUUAAUUUUUAUCAUCACUCUCUCUCUCUCUCUCUGUCCUAAAAUCACAAAAAAAAAAGGAGCGAUUUUUAUUUUUUUUAGGGGAAUGAGAAUUUUCUCUCUGAUUUGAUUAUCAUCAAUCUCACAUUUUUCAUCAUCAUCUCAUCUGGGUUUUGGUUUUUUUUUUGAGGAUGCCAGCGACGGAAUACCAAAGAUCAUUCGGGAGGUCAUUACUGAAUCUACGGCGAGACUCGGCUGUGAGCUCUGUUGACUCGGCGGCGUCAAGUAAAGUAACAGGCGAGUUGACUGGGAUGGAGGCGGAGUUGGAUUCUUUCCAGAGAAAAGUCGCUGAGAGGUUUAUCAAUCUCAAUGCCUCUGGUUGUGAAGAUCUCUUGUCUCUCGAAUGGGUUGGCAAGCUUCUUGAUUCGUUUCUCUCUUGUCAAGAAGAGUUUCGUGUCAUCCUCAUCAACCACCGCUCUUUGAUCACUAAACCACCCAUGGAUCGAUUGAUCGCUGAUUACUUCGAGAGAAGCGUGAAGGCUCUCGAUGUAUGUAACGCGAUCCGUGACGGUGUUGAACAGAUCCGCCAAUGGCAGAAGCUGAUCGAGAUCGUAAUCUGCGCUUUUAACAACACCGGUGGUGGAAGUGGAACCAGCCAGAGACCUCUCGGUGAAGGUCAGUUUCGUCGUGCGAGGAAGACUUUGAUUGAGUUAGCUAUCGGUAUGCUUGAUGAGAAAGAUUCGUCUUCGAGCUCUGUUUCGUCUCAGCAUCGUAACCGUUCGUUUGGGAGGAACAAGGAACAUCUUCACCACAAAACAAUCGGGCAUUUCAGAUCGCUUUCUUGGAGUGUUUCGAGAUCAUGGUCAGCUUCAAAGCAAUUGCAAGCUAUUGGGAACAAUCUAGCUACUCCUCGAGCUAGUGACAUUACCGCAACUAAUGGUCUCGUUGUUCCUGUUUAUACAAUGACUUCGAUAUUGCUGUUUGUGAUGUGGGCGCUUGUGGCGGCGAUUCCUUGUCAAGACAGAGGCUUGCAAGUGCAUUUCAAUGUUCCUAGGAACUACCCGUGGGGAGGGUCUUUGAUGUCGUUGCACGAUAGGAUCAUUGAGGAAUCGAAGAAGAGAGAGAGGAAGAACACUUGUGGGUUGUUGAAAGAGAUACAUCAGUUUGAGAGGAGCUCAAGGUUGAUGAAUGAUUUGGUUGAUUCUGUUCAGUUUCCUUUGUCUGAUGAGAAAGAGAUGGAAGUGAGAGAGAGGGUUGAGGAAUUGGGGAAGCUUCAAGAAGCUUUGAAGAAUGGUUUGGAUCCGUUUGAAAAGAAAGUGAGGGAAGUGUUUCAUCGGAUUGUAAGGAGCAGAACAGAAGGUCUUGAUUCUGUCGGAAAGCAUCACGGUUCUGAAUGAUGUUUUAGUGAAAAAUUUAUGGAAAGGGGUCUUUGUACAAGUAUAAAAUCUGGACAAAUUCAAGUAUGUUUAUCAAUUGUGGAAUUGAUGAUUGUCUGAAUGUUUCAUAGAGAGAAACUUCCUUUUUGACAAUCUUUUGCCAUGUAAAGUUUUCUUGCCAAAGAUUGUUAAUUUAUAUGUAUUUUGGUUCCAUUUCAAAAGGAUCGGAAAAUAUAAUCCAAUUAAGAA